AAUAUAAUUAUGUAUAGUACUCGCAAUAAUAAUAAACGAUCGAUUUAAAUUGAUGGACAAAUAUAAUAAAUAUUGAUUGUGGAGAAUGUGAUAAUUAAUUGUAAAGAAUAAAUUUUGCAUUUAACUUACAGAAAUGAAUUAGCCAUUACGUUUUUUAUCUAUCCACGUCAAAAAUUAGAAAUAGAGGUUAGAACAUAGUGAACACUUGAGCAUUGUAAAUUCAUGGUAAUGGCAAUCGAGUUUUUAUUAAACAGACUUAAAGCUUUAUUUGUCUUUCUCCUGAGCAUCUUUAGACGUGCUUUAUGCUGUCUUCGAAGGAGAAGGAGAUCUUCAUGUGAUUCCAUUCCCUUGGCUACCAUUGGAGUAAUACCUAGUGUCAACAAUAAAAUAGAGCAAGAUAAUUGGGAACAAUGGGAUGAAAACCCUGUAGUUGUAGUAUCAGACAAGCCUUCCAUUAAUUCAAUUCAAACUAAAAUAGAACUUUACAGACAACAAGUUGCUAAACCUGCAGAAUCUGCACAAGAAUCUCAAGUGAACUUUUUUGAGGAUAUGGUACCAAGGAUUACCAGACAGAAAAAACUCCUUAUCAAAGAUUCAAAGACUGAUGAUUCAUCCAUUAAUCUUUCCCACUUUGCAGUAACUACUGAUAGAGUGCCCACGAAUGAACUUGAAACAUGGGAGGAUAAUGCAGUUGGUUGGGAAGAAGAAACUAUAGAAGAUGAUGUUGAUCCCAUUCAAGCAUUAAGAGAGCAAAGAAGAAAAGAACGUGAAAGACGAUUGUAUGAACAACAACAAAAACGCAUGGGAUAUCCAUAUAGACCACAGCCAUUAGGUGAAAAAAUAGUCUCUUGAUCAAGUACUUUUCAUAAUUAAUUAUAUUUUUUCCACUUUUUUGUAUAAUUCUGUCAAUUCAGAGUGUCAAACAUGAUUGUUUUGUGGUGUAGUUGCUGUAAUUUAAGAUUUAAAAACAAAUGAAAAAAGAGUACUAUCAAAAAUAGUGAAUUUGGUAAUUAAAUUAAUUAAUAACGACUAAUAUUGUCAUUAUAUAUGCAGAGAAACGCUAGAUGGAUUUUUAUUAAAUAGUUGUGAAUUUUCCUUAAUAUUAUAAUGAUAAUAUGUGAA